GCCGCCGCCGCCUGAGGAGGAGCCACAGCACCCUGGGCCACGCCGAUGACUACUGCAAACUGUGGCGCCCACGACGAGCUCGACUUCAAACUCGUCUUUGGCGAGGAAGGGACGCCGGCGCCGCCGCCCCUGGGCUCGCGGCCUGCAGAUCUUGAGCCAGAUGAUUGUGCGUCCAUUUACAUCUUUAAUGUAGAUCCACCUCCAUCUACUUUAAAUUCACCACUUUGCUUACCACAUCAUGGAUUGCCAUCUCACCCUUCUGUUUUGUCACCAUCGUUUCCGCUCCAAGGUCACAAAAACUAUGAAGGAACUUGUGAGAUUCCAGAAUCUAAAUACAGCCCAUUAGGUGGUCCCAAACCCUUUGAGUGCCCAAGUAUUCAAAUCACAUCCAUCUCUCCUAAUUGUCAUCAAGAAAUAGAUGCUCAUGAAGAUGACCGACACAUAAAUGAUCCAGAAAAGGAAUAUUUGGAAAGGCCUUCUAGAGAUCAUCUCUAUCUUCCUCUUGAGCCAUCUUACCGGGAGUCUUCCCUUAGUCCUAGUCCUGCCAGCAGCAUCUCUUCUAGGAGCUGGUUCUCGGAUGCAUCUUCUUGUGAAUCUCUUUCACAUAUUUAUGAUGAUGUGGACUCAGAAUUGAAUGAAGCUGCUUCCCGAUUUACUCUUGGAUCCCCUUUGACUUCUCCUGGUGGCUCUCCAGGAGGCUGCCCUGGAGAAGAAUCCUGGCAUCAACAGUAUGGACUUGGACACUCACUGUCACCCAGGCAAUCUCCUUGCCACUCUCCUAGAUCUAGUGUCACUGAUGAGAAUUGGCUGAGCCCCAGGCCAGCCUCAGGACCUUCAUCUAGGCCUACAUCCCCCUGUGGGAAACGGCGACACUCUAGUGCUGAGGUUUGUUAUGCUGGGUCCCUUUCACCCCAUCACUCACCUGUUCCUUCUCCUGGUCAUUCUCCCAGGGGAAGUGUAACAGAAGAUACCUGGCUCAAUGCUUCUGUCCAGGGUGGAUCAGGCCUUGGCCCUGCACUUCUCCCACCAUUUCAGUACUAUGUAGAAACUGAUAUUCCUCUAAAAACAAGGAAAACAUCUGAAGAUCAAGCUACUGUACUACCAGGAAAAUUAGAGCUCUGUUCAGAUGACCAAGGGAAUUUAUCACCAUCCCGGGAGACUUCAGUAGAUGAUGGCCUUGGAUCUCAGUGUCCUUUAAAGAAAGAUUCAUCUGGUGACCAAUUUCUUUCAGUUCCUUCACCUUUUACCUGGAGCAAACCCAAGCCUGGCCACACCCCUAUAUUUCGCACAUCUUCAUUACCUCCACUAGACUGGCCUUUACCUACUCAUUUUGGACAGUGUGAACUGAAAAUAGAAGUGCAGCCUAAAACUCAUCAUCGAGCUCAUUACGAAACUGAAGGUAGCCGAGGAGCAGUAAAAGCAACUGCUGGCGGACACCCUGUUGUGAAGCUGCUGGGCUAUAGUGAAAAGCCAAUAAAUCUACAGAUGUUUAUUGGAACAGCAGAUGAUCGAUAUUUACGACCUCAUGCAUUUUACCAGGUGCAUCGAAUCACUGGGAAGACAGUUGCUACUGCAAGUCAAGAGAUAAUAAUUGCCAGCACAAAAGUUCUGGAAAUUCCACUUCUUCCUGAAAACAAUAUGUCAGCCAGUAUUGACUGUGCAGGUAUUUUGAAACUCCGCAAUUCAGAUAUAGAACUUCGAAAAGGAGAAACUGAUAUUGGCAGAAAGAAUACUAGAGUACGACUUGUGUUUCGUGUACACAUCCCACAGCCCAAUGGAAGAGUCCUUUCUCUGCAGACUGCUUCUAUACCUGUUGAGUGCUCUCAGCGGUCUGCUCAAGAACUUCCUCAUAUUGAGAAGUACAGUAUCAACAGUUGUUCUGUAAAUGGAGGUCAUGAAAUGAUUGUGACUGGAUCUAAUUUUCUUCCAGAAUCAAAAAUCAUUUUUCUUGAAAAAGGACAAGAUGGACGACCUCAGUGGGAGGUAGAAGGGAAAAUAAUCAGGGAAAAAUGUCAAGGGGCUCACAUUGUCCUUGAAGUUCCUCCAUAUCAUAACCCAGCAGUUACAGCUGCAGUGCAGGUGCACUUUUAUCUUUGCAAUGGCAAGAGGAAAAAAAGCCAGUCUCAACGUUUUACUUACACACCAGUUUUGAUGAAACAAGAACACAGAGAGGAAAUUGACUUGUCAUCGGUUUCAUCAUUGCCUGUGCCUCAUCCUGCCCAGACCCAGAGGCCUUCCUCAGAUACAGGACAUCCAUGCGACAGUGUACUGUCAACACAGAGAAACUUGGUUUGUCCCAUCCAGCAAACAUACACAUCCAUGGUGACCUCAUCUCAUCUGCCACUGUUGCAGUGUAGGGAUGAGAGCGCUGUUAAAGAACAGCAUAUGAUACCUUCUUCAGUCAUGCACCAGCCUUUUCAAGUCACACCAAUACCUCCUGUGGGGUCUUCCUAUCAGCCUAUACAAACUAAUGUGUACAGUGGACCAACUUGUCUUCCUAUUAAUGCUGUCUCUAGUCAAGAAUUUGUUCCCGUUUUGUUUCAGCAAGAUACAGCUCUUCCUAGUUUAAUAAAUCUUGGCUGCCAACCACCGUCAUCCAUACCUUUUCAUUCUUCAAAUUCAGGCUCAACAGGACAUCUCUUAGCCCAUGCACCUCAUUCUGUGCAGACCCUGCCUCAUCUACAGUCAAUGGAAUACCAUUAUUUAAACACAGGACAAAGAUCUCUUUCUUCUCCAGUGGCUGACCAGGUCACAGGUCAGCCUUCCUCUCAGUUACAAUCCAUUACAUAUGGUUCUUCACAAUUACGGUCUGCUACAACAGUUUCCUCAGCAGCUUCUCGUCCCCUGGCCGGUUCACCACUUUCUGGACCACCGUCUCCUCAGCUCCAGCCUAUGCCUUACCACCAAUCUCCUAGCUCAGGAACUGCCUCAUCACCAACUGUAGCCACCAGAAUGCAUUCUGGACAACAUUCAACUCAAGCACAGAGUACAGGCCAGGGAGGUCUUUCUGCACCUUUAUCCUUAAUAUGUCACAAUUUGUGUGAUCCAGCUUCAUUUCCAUCUGAUAAAGCAACUGUGAACAUUAAACCUGAACCUGAAGAGCAGGAACCUAACUUUUCAACAAUUGGUCUACAGGACAUUACUUUAGAUGAUGUGAACGAGAUAAUUGGGAGAGACAUGUCCCAGAUAUCUGUUUCCCAAGGAACAAGGGUAAACAGACAGGCUCCCCUCCCUGGUCCCGAUUCCCUGGAUUUAGGAAGAUCUGAUGAGCUCUGACAGUGCUCACUGCAACCUUGCAUCCACCACCACCACCACCACCAUGUAUUUCUCAGUAUGUUUCUCUCCUCGGACCUUGAGUUUCCAACAUGCAGCCUUCAGGACUGGUGCCAGGAGUUGGGGUCACUGUGGGGAAGGCAGCAUUACUCCACCUCAUGCCUUGGGUAGAUUUUGUAAAAGAACAGGAACAGCAUAGACCCUGUUUGAGCUUUGGGGAAAUGAGCUUUCCUUUUUAUUUUUGAAUAGGAUACUUUUAUAUGAUGGAUGGGUGCUUUGAGUGUGAAUGCAGCAGGGUCUUCAUUUCAGAGGUGCUGCUUUUGCAGGUGGCCUGGUUGCUUAGCUAGGAUUGGUGAUUUGUAUUGCUUUAUGGUCAUUUGAAGGACCCUUUAGCUUUAAUGAUAUUUUAAAAAUAGUAACUUUUGAUAAAACCUU